CCAUUCCAACAAUAUUUUAAAAAGACCUGCACGUUGUGCCACAGUAGUUAGCAGAAAAAUACAAUUGUUUAAACAAAUUCGAUGCUAUAAAUGAUGCUCUGAACCAUACAGUUGAAGCCACACAAAGCGCAAAUUUAGCUGAGAAUCGAAACAUGACUUCAGCCACCGCAGAUUCCGACUUUGAGUUCUUGGAAUCCGUUCGACAAUACCUACUGGGACACGAUUCCAUCAAUCUCAUGCCUGCAACCCACCAAGUUGCUUCUCAUGAUCCACUUUCAAACCCUAAACGUGAUGGUGAUUUGGAGAACAUUGUUUUCCGCAGUGAGGAUGCAACUGCUGUGGUGGCGCGUCAUGUCCACGCCCCACAGGCGUGGAAGCAUUUCCGAGGCGUGAGGCGCAGGCCGUGGGGGAAGUUUGCGGCGGAGAUAAGGGAUCCAAAGAAGAACGGAACUAGGGUUUGGCUUGGAACUUUUGACACUGAGGAGAAAGCAGCUCUGGCUUACGACAAAGCUGCUUUCAAGAUGCGUGGGCAAAAAGCUAAGCUGAAUUUUCCUCAUCUUAUAGAUUCUGAUAAUUUUGAAACAUUGUCGGAACCGGUGAUGGAAACAACUUGUAAGAGGAAGUUGUCGCAAAGUUUUGAACCAUCUUCACCGUCAUCCUCGUGUUCAGAAGAUAGCUCAGAGUCACAAGGGACGAAGAGGAGGAAGAACCUCACUCAUCUAUUGAAUAAGUUAGCCAAGAACAGAAGCCAAGCCAAGCUGGCAUGUUGAUCUGUUGUACAAUUUCAUUCAAAGAUUGUAUUGUAAUGCAAUCUGGUGUUCAUACAAUUUAAUUUUGUUUA